AUGUCCUGGUCUUCAAGUCGAUCUAAUCAUUACAAGUUAAACAAACCACCUCCUUUCUUACAACUAUCAAAAGAUACUAUACAAAAUUAUGAUACUCAAGGUUUAGAUAUUGAAAAUGUCCUAUCUGUUUGGAUGGGGUUAACAAAAUGUUCAAGUUAUAUAAAAGAUGGUAAAAGAUUAGAAAAUAUAAGUUGGAGAAUUGUUAAUAGAAAUAUGAUUGAGAAAACCAAUCAAUCUAAUCAUGAUCAACCAAAAAAUAAAUUAAAUGAUGGUGAUUUAUUAAGUUUAUUAUCAAUAGUUGCAGAUCAAAAUUUAAUUAAUCCUUUAAAUAAACCUCAAUUAAUAAGGAAAAAAUCUUCAAAUUCAAAAUUAAUUAGAAAUAAUUCUAAAAAUUCAUUAAAAUCAAUAGAUUCAAUUGAAAAUAUUACUACAAAGCAACGUCCAAAUUUAUUUAAAAAAAAUUCUUCAUCAAGAUCUUUAAAAAAAUUAAAUAAUAAAUCUAAGAAAUCAAAUAUUGAUUUAUCAAAUUUUGAUCAACAACAACAACAACAAUCAAUAAAGAUUGAACAUGAUUCUGAUUUAUUUGAACAACCAAAUCCAAAAUAUGCUUUUGGAGUAAUACAAGCUACCAAUAAUGAUUUAAUAACUGAAAAUAAUAAACCUCAAGCUCCUCCAUUAACAAGAUCUGAUACUUCAACUUCUGUUGUUAGAGGAUUUUCUCCAUAUCAUAUAUCAGUGGCUCAAUUAACAAAUAGUUCAAAUUCACAAUCUUCAACAAAUAAUUCAUCACCAAAGAAACAACAACAACAACAACAUCAACCACAACAUUCUGCACCAAGUUUAUUUAAUAAUCAAAAUAUCAAAAAUCCUCAACCAAAAAGACCUCAAUCUGCAAUCAUUACAUCGUCAACUAAAAGUUUAUUUAAUAAUAACCAAAACUCUUCAACAAAUUCAAUUCAAUCUGAUAGAAUAAAAUCUCCAUUAUCUCAAGAUACUACACAUGAUGUAUUGAAAGGUGAUUCAAAACAACAAUCUUCAAAACAGAAAACUGGGACAUUAUUUGAUCAUUCUGCAUUACAUGAAUUUAAUCAAGUUCAACAAAAACCAAUAAAAUCUGAAAUUAAUCAACAAAAACCAAUAAAAUCUUCAUUAUUUGAACAAGUUGGUAUAAGUCCUGAAAUUUCUAAAAAUUCAAAUAUUUUACAAUCAAAUCAAUCACCAAUCCAUCAUCAACAACAACAACAUAAAAAAAGAAAUAAUGUAUUAAAUAAUUUAGGUAUGACAAGUCUUGCAGAUAAACAACAUCAAAUUCAAAGAAAAGAUAAAAAUAAUAUGUUUUUCAUUGAAAGUUCUCCUUCACCAACUGAUCCUUCAAAAUUAAUUGAUCAUCAAGUACAACAACAACAUCAACAACAACUCCCACAAGCUAGACAACGUUCUAAAUCAAGACGUCGUCAUCGUCAUAAAAGAUCUUCUUCAUCAGAUUCUAAAAAUUCUAAAAGAGAUAGUUUACAAGAUUCUAUAUCUUCUUUAGCUAAUAGUGAAAUUAGUGAAAAAGAUGAAGAUCAAUUAAAUAAAAUUGAAGAACAAUCAAUUAAUAAUAAUCAAAACAAUAACACUUCAUUAUUUGCAGAUAAAAAACCAAUUGCAAGAGAAAUUAUAUUUAGUUCAGAUGAUUCAUUAAGUGAUGAAUCUGAUUGGAGUUCUGUUAGUGAAAGUGAAGGUGAAUUAUCUGAUGAUUAUGAUGAACAAGAUUUAAAAAAUCAAUGGAAUUCAAAUUUUCAAAGAGAUGAUCAUUUAUUAAAACCUCAAAUUAAAAGAUCGUUAUUAUCUGGUUUAUUUUUAAAUGAAAUGAAUGAACAAAAACCUAUUCCUAAACAUCAACAACCUCAACCUCAACAAUGGAAAUCUCAGAAUCAAAAUCAUGAUGUUGAUUUAAGUACUUCUGCUUCAUCAUCAAAUCUUAUUGUUAAACAUAGACAUAAACCUCCAAGUAUACAUAAUCAAACAACAUCAAAUAUCAACAACAACAUACAAGAUAAUAAUGAUUUAAAUGAUGAUGUUUUAGAAAUUUCAAGUACUGAACCUCAUUGUGUUAUAUCAACUUCAAAUGUUAAUGUUAGUGGACAAGUUGGUGAAACAAAUUUCCAUAAUGAUCAAAGUUUAUUGAGAGAUAAAUUAACAGGUUCACAACAACAAAAUGAUUCAAAUGUUCAACCAAGUUCAUCAAUAACUAAGAUGAUUUCAAAUUCUGCUUUAAAUUUAACAAAUUAUUUUGCAUCAAGAAGAAAAAACAGUUUUAGUUCAAUUGCAAGUGAUAGAACAAGAACUAAAUAUAGACAUGAAUCAAAUGCUCCACCUACUGCUUCAACAUUAUUACCAACUGCAUUAUCUACACAUAUGUUCUUACCAAAUGCUCAUCAAAAAAGAGCUAAAUCAAAACUGUCUUCAGUGAUGGAGAUGGAAUCUGGUACAACUUCAUCAAAUGAUGUAUCAAGAAAAAAUUCUACAACUCAAGAACAAGUUAAUGAAUCUACAUUAAAUGAUGAUCAAAUGGGUAAAUCUCCAAUAGUACCAAUUAAUAAUAAACCAAAAUUUAAUGUUGAAAUUGAUGGAUUACAAAAUUCUUCUGAACAAAUUGAUUUUAAUAUUUCAAGAAAAUUAUCACCCAAAACAACAAGAAGACAAAUGUUGGCAACUGAAUUAUCUGAUUCAAUGAGGAAAAGUAUUUUAUGGGAUAGGAAAAAUGGAUUACCAAAUGGUUUACCAAGUGGAUUAUCAAAUGGAUUAUCCAAAAAUUCUAAAAAUUCCAAGAAAUCCAAAGAUAAAAAACUUCAAAAUUCAGAAUCAAAUGAUGUUAAGAAUAAUGAUGAUGAUGAUAAUGAAGAUAAUGAUCAAAUAAAUAAUGAAUCAAUAACUGAAUUUGUUCAAGAUCCAACUGAUCCAAAUAAACCAAAAAUUAUUAGAUCAAAAAUUAAAAAUUUUGAUAAUGAUGAAUGGGAUUCAAGUGGUACAGAUUUUUAUACAAGAGGUUGGUAA